AUGAUGAGGGGUACCUUGAUAGAAGGUACUAUGAGUAGUAGAAAUGCUGGUGAGGCUGGUGGUCUCCGAGAUCCUGCAGGGAACACUAUCACCCUCGGGGGUGGUCCUGAGGGGGUGCCUCCAAUGCCCAAACUCGCGGAUCGCGAGAUUUCAAGACAAGUUUCUAUUUUGGAAAUUGUUCAGGUUGCGGCUCGCGACUUUGGUGAAUUGGUCGCGACCCGCUACUUUCGUGCUGGUUUUUGCAAUGAUAGAGAAUCUCGCCUAGAAUUUAUAUCAAGUCACAUGCAAAAUCUUCUUAUUACUAUGUUCGAUACCAAACGUUCAACAACAUCUGCGCUUCCGCCAUCGCCACCACGACUUCCUAUUAUCGGCCACCUCCACCUUGUUACUUACAUGCCACACCAUUCUUUCUCCGAACUCGCCAAAUUGCAUGGCCCAAUCAUGUAUCUUCAACUAGGCCAAAUCCCAACUGUUGUAAUAUCAUCAGCCCGGCUAGCCCGAGAAAUCCUCAAGGUGCAUGAUCGUGUGUUCUGCAACCGUCCACAGAUCAUAGCAGCUGAAUACCUUUCUUUUGGAUGUUCUGAUAUUACUUUCUCCUCUUACGGACCUUACUGGCGUCAAGCAAGAAAGAUUUGUGUUACUGAGUUAUUGUGUCCAUCUCGUAUCAACUCGUUCCAAUUUAUCCGAGCUCAAGAGAUAGCUCAACUCUUAUUUACUGUGUCAACUCACUCCGAGUUUGAACUUGACUUAAGUGAGUUGUUGAUGAGGUUGACAAAUGAUGUGCUUUGCCGAGUUGCGUUCGGGAAGAGGUUUAUGGGUGAGUCAACUCAACGAUUUGGUAAGGAAGGGAAGAGUUUGGCGGGUGUUUUAGUAGAAACACAGGAAUUGUUGGGUGGGUUUUGUGUAGGAGAUUUCUUUCCGAGUUGGAGUUGGGUCAGCUCAGUGAGUGGAUUCAAGAAAAGAUUGGAAAUGAAUUUGGAAGAUUUAAGAGGUGUUUGUGAUGAAAUAAUAAAAGAUCAUUUAAAGAAAAAGAAUGAGAAAAAAACAGAAGAUUUUGUUGAUGUGUUGCUGAGGGUGCAAAAUCAGAAAGACUUGAAAGUGCCCAUUACUCAUGACAAUCUCAAAGCUCUUGUCUUAGACAUGUUUGUGGCUGGAACAGACACAACAUCGUCGACAUUAGAAUGGGCAAUGAUAGAGUUAGCUAGACAUCCACAAGUGAUGAAAAAAGCACAAGAAGAAGUAAGAAGCAUCUCAUCACAAACAGGACAUAUUGAUGAAAGUCAUUUACAAAGCCUUCAUUACUUGAAAGUAGUCAUUAAGGAAGCAAUGCGUCUUCACCCACCUGUUCCACUUCUAGUCCCUAGAGAAUCAAUGGAACGAUGUGUUAUCGAUGGCUAUGAGAUACCCGCAAAAGCUCGAGUCUUGAUCAACACUUUCUCGAUUGGUCGGGAUCCAAACUCUUGGGAUAAUCCUCUACGAUUCAACCCAGAAAGAUUCAUGAAAGGUGAUCAGAUGAUGACCGAGUUCAAGGACGAUGAUUUUAGGUUCCUACCAUUUGGGGAAGGCAGGAGAGGAUGUCCUGGUUAUUCAUUAGGGUUAGCAACAAUAGAGCUCACACUAGCUAGGCUACUAUAUCAUUUUGAUUGGAAAUUACCAGCUCGGGUUGAUGCUGAUAAAAUGGACCUCACAGAGAUUUUCGGGUUGGCUACUCGAAAGAAAACACCACUAGUUCUCAUUCCGACACUUAACAAGGCUUUUCCGAUUAAGGAAGACAGUGAUCUCAAUCAAAAUUUUGUUACUUCAGUGUAA